AACAAUUUGAGCAACGGUUAUUUUUGUAAAUCUGUUUUGAAACUUUCUAUUCCUUGUUAAAAAGUAAUUGUGUAAUAUAAUUUACAUUUUAUUUUUAAUUUACAAACCAAAAUAAGUAAAAUGUCGCAACAACAAACAUCAAAUACCAUUACUCUUCGGGGAUCUGCUCAAAUCAUUUGCGAGUACCUUAAGUACGCAAUCAAUUCAGUAUUAUUCCAAAGAGGUCUUUAUCCACCAGAGACAUUUAAAGCAGAGCAACAGUAUGGCAUUACAUUGCUGCUUUCAGAAGACCCAGAGAUCAAGAAGUUUUUAAUGAAUUUACUAUCUCAAAGUGAAGAAUGGAUAGUUACCAAAAAGGUUCGUAAACUAUCACUAGUCAUAAUAAAUGUUGCAAAUAAAGAAGUCCUUGAAUGUUGGGACUUCAACGUUCAGUACGAAGAUGGUGACCCCACAUUAUCCCAAGAGAAGAACGAAACUGUUGGCACGAAAGAACUGAAGAAGAUCCAGCAAGAAAUCAGAGAUGUGAUGUUACAGGUUGCUGCGACAAUAUCUUAUCUACCUUUCCUAGAUUGUAGGUGUACAUUUGAUGUUUACGUUCACGCCAAACCAGAUUGCGAAAUACCAGACAAAUGGGCGGAAGCCGAGUCAGUAUCUAUUGCGAAUGCUCAAAAUGUGCAGCUGAAAUCAUUUUCCACAAGCGUUCACAAAAUGGAAACAGUGGUUACGUAUAAGUUAGUGGAUUAAGGUAGGUAAGUCAUUUAAUUUUUUAAUUUGAUUAUGGAUUGUGAAAUGAUGAGACUUAUUUUACAUCAGUCAUUAGUCUGCGGCAUAGUAGUGAUGGUGUUUGCUAGCUUUACUGAAUUGGUUCACCCUAUAGAUAGUACUAUCAAUAUCUUAAUUGUUAAGAAACUGAUAGCCUAUCAAUCAACAAUCAUAAGUCCAGCAGUAAUGCUCAAAUUCAAUGAAUUGUACGUACAAAAUUUCAAUUUAAUUAUUUUAAGUGUGUGUGUGUGUGUGUGUGUGUGUCGUAUGUUAUUUAGUUUUAAGCUUAGUUAAGGUAUUUCGGACCUGAUCAUUUGUAAAAAUAUAUUGAUUUCUGGCUUCAAAAUGUCUGGUUCUGAUUCAUUUUAAAGGUAGUCGCUAUACACAAAUCUGGUGUCAAUAUCACUUAUGGCAGAUUAUCCAUUUAUGAUUUUUGAAGAAGGAAAUUAUGUAGAUAUAAUAUUAUCUUCAUUUUUUCAUGGUCUGUCCUACAAAACUUUAUUUAUUUGAAACCAAAUUCAAGGACCUUAUUUUACUGUAUUCUAUUAUUUAUAUUCCUGUCUGUAUGAUAUGAUAUUUUUUAAUUGAUUAUCUUCAUGUAACUUUUGAUAAUAUUAUGUUUCCCUCUUGUGUAUUUCAAU